AAUAAAAUAAAAUUUUCAUAAUUCCAUGCGGAUGAAGUUGCACGGGAACAGCUAGUUACACUAAGACAUUGACUUUUUAAGUAUUUCAUAUUAUUUAUCGUCUUUCAUUUCUAAUAUUCGGGGCCUCAAUUUGUAUAACAUACCUAGAUUGUAUUACUGUUCAAAAAGCAAUGUAAAAUCUUUUUCAUGCGUAAUUAGUUGGCAAUUAUAUUCCAAAUAUUUAUACAGAUGUUAGCCGUCGAGUAACGCGUGGAUAUCAGUAAACACGCGUAAAACAUAUAGCUAAAUUCAAUAAAGGCGUAGUUGGUAAAUUAUCCGACAGUCUUUAUACUUUCGGGUGAAAUAAUGUAGUGUCGGUUUUUGUUUUCUCUUGACAAAGAAAUUAAUAUGAAAUUCUUAAUUAUACUUUUGGUGAUAAACGUACAUGUAAGUAAAUAUUUUAAUAAUAAUAUAAAUACGUUUGUAAAUAAAAAAAAACAAAUAGUUAUAAUAAAUACUUUAAAUUACAGGUUCAUUCAGCAUCUAUUUACGGUGAGUUUCGUGAUGUGAUGUCGUCGUUAGAACAUAGUUUUCAAAAGAUGAUAACUGAUGUUGUCACCGAUGUAAGAGAUACAAUUGAUUGUACCGUUGAAGCAGUUGAAAGUGCAUUAGCACUCGGAUCUACUAUAUCUAAUCCUAAAUGUAGGGGAGUUAUAAAAAAUCAAGAUAACGGUAAUACAAAAGGAAUGUCAUUGAACAUACCAGAUGCAGAAUUUAAUGGAAUCAAAAAUGAUUACAAUAUAUAUUCUAAACCAUUUAAUUACGAAAAUGAAAAUUUGAAAUAUAAAUUCACAAAUGAUGAAGAUCGCUUGGCAUAUAUGAAAAAAUUUCUUAAAGAUGAAUUCGAUAAAAUGUCCGCAAGUAUGCGAAUACAAUUUAAAGAGAUAGAAUCUGAAGAGAAGUCAGCAGCUGAUGCUAUACUGAAAUAUAUCAAUAUUUUACAUAACAUGAAGCAUAAUAGUAAAAGUGAUUCCGAAGUGAAUGAAGCGAAACGAAUAUUAGACGGUGCUUCGAAGAUUUUAAAUGCAAAUAAUAAUUCCAAUGUUAAUAAAAUAUUAACUUUACAUGAUUCAAAUCAAGACAAAGUUAAUAUGCAGAAUACAAUGAAGAUAGCAGAAAAUAAAUUUACGAAUAAUAUGCACAAUGCUACACAUUUAUCAACGGGAACAUUAAAAGACAUAUUUAAUAAAGCGUUAGGAACUCAUGUUAAAGACAAUAAUCAGCAAAGGAAUCAAGGAAUAGAUGGUGAAAAUUCCCCCUUGUCUGGUAUAGACUUGUCUCAUCAUACUAUAGAAAAUAAUGAUGAACCUAUGGACUAUGAUUCAUUAUUUGGUCAUAGUGAAUCAAACAAAGACGCAAUAGACGAUGCUACUAAAAUACUAGAAGAUAGCCAAAGAACUAAUUCUAUUUUGAACAACUUUUUUCCACAAGCUGCUCAAGCUGGUAGCAGUAUCUUUGAUAAUCCAUAAACGUUUGGUUUUUUUU